UUGAGAUGCAGUAAACAUAAACAAAUGUUAUAAAAAAACUCUGAAAGUAAAAAAUAAAAACAAUAUGAACUUUGAUUUUUAAACUAGUGUACAAUCAUGUUCACCCGAACGAUUCAAACACAAUUUAACAACAUGGGUAGAUCAACAACAAGAAGGACGAUGGAUAAAGUCACAGGAAUCCCUAGAGUGAAUAAAGACAUCCCCGAAACAAGAACAAGUAAAGGCACCAAGGACAAUUCCAGACGCUACCGGGAGAAAAUCAAAAAGGAUCCCAUCAAAUUAGAGGAAUAUCGGGCCAGAGAAGCUGAAAGAAGUAGGAUAUAUCGCAAGAAAGUAAAUGAAGUGGUCAAAAAAAAUCAAAAGGCCCUCAAAUCAAAGAGGGAAACCGAUCGGCUCAGACAACAAAGAUAUCGGGAUAAAAAGAAGGAAGAAAUCGCAAACCAAAAAUCAAUGGAAGAGAUAUUUAAAAAACUCGAGCGAGCACUGCCUAAAAAAAUGGACCAAAAGAUUGAAGUUAUUAAAGUAUUAUAUAGUAAAUAUGUUGAACCUGAAAAAGUUUUAUGCUGAGCCGUCUUUGACAAAUACAAAUAAUAGAGUAAGAUUUUUUAAAAACACACUUUCAAUUCAAAUGUUUAUAAGUUUGCUAACCAUUUAAAUGGACUUUCUAAUGACCCAAUCAAAUACACUUUACAAUAGCGACAAAGAGAUCCGGGCAGGCAAGAAAAAAAUUGUUUCGUAAGUUUGG